AUGAGAUUUGCUAUGGUCCUGAUAUCAAGAUUAAAGCAAGGCUUUAUUUUUUUGCUAAUGCUAGCUUUAGUGUGCUAUCUAAUUCAAAUCCAGCCUGCCUUAUAUGAAUACCAAGAUUUUUCUCCAUCUGAGCCAUUAGUCAAUAUGUUUAAAACUCAGCCAUAUCUAUCUUUUGAAUGAUAUCCUAACUCAGACUAUCAAAAACACAAAAAUGUAUCUUUUUCAAUUGACGCUACAGAUAAUCUCAAUAAAUAUAGAGCUCACGGAUUUUGCAUUCCUGAAACAUGAGGCUACUCAGUAGAAGAAGCAAAUACAUACUUUCCAAAUGUCACCUAUCCAAAAUGCUCAGUUUUAAAUUCAAAUACCAAAGGAGAGGUUUUUCUCGACACAGAAGAAAAUUUAUUAGAGAUUAUUUGUCCACAAGGUUUUCAAGGGAGAUACAUUUUAGGAAAUGUAACAAAUCAAAAAUUAGUAUACAGGACUGAAGGGAAAUGAAUCCCAAAAAAUUAUAAGGGCCCAGUUGAGCUUAAUGGGUAUGAAGAAUACGUAAUUGCUUCUUGUAAAAAAGAAGGGCCAAUGGAUCUUGCACAAAUGAGGCCAAGGUACAAUAAAACAGCCCACAAAUUAGCACAAAAUAAAUGAAUAGAAGCCAAAAACUCAGUCAAUCAAGCUCAUAGUGAGCCUCUUCAUAUAGUCCAUUUAGUAUUAGAUAGCUUUAGCCGCAGACAUUUCUAUAGAAAGCUGCCUAAAACAGUAGCAUUGUUAAAAGAAAUUUAUCAAUCAAAUCUGUAUCAUAUUGAAGAUUUUUUGGUUUAUAACAUCAGAGGGCCUGGCUCAGUCCAAAACCAAAUACAAAUUUUAGGAAAUCAAUGAAUAAACCAAAACCAAAAAUACGUCCAAAAAGACCUAGUCGGAGAAAAUGCCAUUUGGAAUAUCCUAUCACAGUUUGGCUAUGUUUCUCUCCUCGGAAUUGAAAGUUGCAAUAAUGAAUUUGCUCUUUCUUUAGGCAGACAGCCAAAUGUCACUCAUUCUAUUAACGAGUUCUACUGUGGAGCCCAAAACUACUGUCAAUAUCACACUGAAAAAGAAUUUUCUGAACAAAGAUGCAUAGGAAAGCAAAUGUCUCAUUACUAUACAUUUGAGUACGCAAAAGAGUUUAGAGAGCUUUAUAAAGACAUAAAUCAGUGGAUUUAUUUACAUCUUGAUGCAGCCCAUGAGUACACAGGUCAGCAUGCAGCUACAUUAGAUGAUGAUUUAGAAGAUUUCAUCAGAAACGUCACAUCUCCUUAUACUUUAAUCGUGAUUGAAGGAGACCAUGGUAUGCGCUAUGGAGAAUGAUUCACAAAAAUCCAGGGUUUUAUGGAAUAUAGACUCCCUGCAUUAUUUUUUUUAAUUCCUCAUGAAAUUAUGGCAGAUUAUGAUUAUUCGUAUUCCAAGUUAAGCCUGAAUUCGGAAAGACUUGUGACUAAGCAAGAUGUAAGGUCGACUGUUCUUAGUAUCGCCCAUGGCUGAAUGGGCCGAUUUUUCAGCGAUGACUUUGACGCAGUCUUCUUAUUAAAAUGGGAAGUCGACCAAUGAAGAACGUGCUGGGAUGCGGGGAUUUCUAACUGGCUGUGCUCUUGUAAUGAAUUUUAUACAUAUGAUAAGCUUAAAUUUGAUAGUGAAUAUGAAGAAAACGAGUUUAAAGAGCUUGCAGAAUAUUUAGCAGAAGAAAGCGUUUUUACAAUGAAAGAAAGGCUUUAUGCAAGUGUAAGCAGAAACAGCAUUUGUAAAGAUUUUUCCUUGGGAGAUAUAAUUUCUGUUCAUUAUUUGAGAAUUUAUAAGACGAAAUUUAUGCUGAAAAUCGUUUUUUCGGUGGAAGAAAAACCGACUGUAAAAUUUGAAGUUUUGGUAUUUGUGGCUUCUGAUUUUUUGUAUGGAGUUGAUGAGAGCAGCUAUCCAAUACAAGCUGUGUAUUUGAAAUCUAGAAAAGCGAUGUUUAGAAUACAAUAUAUUAAUAGGCUUGAUAAAUAUGAAGGAUGUGAAGACCAAGCAAUAAAGAUCGGAGCGAAUCCUCAAUAUUGUUUAUGCGAAUAA